AUUAACCUGGAACAUAUGAUUUUAGAUUUGAGAAUGUUUUAAUAAAUUAGACUUGUUUUCAACUAUUAAAAGUUUCACCAUGAAGACUAUUAUAUUUACUUUUAUCCUCUGCUUUAGUAGUAGUUGGGGACGUAUACAUAAUUUCCAAAUUUCCAAUGAUGCCCGAAAAAACAUUCCUUUGAGCAAUUUUGGAUUUUAUAAUGGUGGCUACUUGGAAAUGGAACUCACCAACUUCACUGCAUCUUUUUUAAACACUUCAAAUUUGUUUGGUUUCAGUUUGGAUAAGACAAUCAAUGAUGGAGUCAAUCCCUAUCUUGAUGGGCAUGAUGACACAUGCAUUUUGAAGAAGGACUUGGGAAAACCACAAACUGAAGAAAUCAUUCUGUUUAUUUUAGAUUUAAAAACGAAUCAACUAGCGAUAAAGUGUAAAGGGAAACAAAAACAUGUACACAUUUCCACACAGAGGAAUGACAAUGACAAGUUCAAUGAAAAGCCUGAUUGUUCAGAUCUUAGUCUAGACCUAAGUUUUGUAGAGCGUAAUGGACAUGUUUAUUACAAUACAUCAUUUGUGAUGAAUGUUCAAACUUUAGAAGAAGAAGGACUGUACACCUUGAUAUUCCACAACUGUCCCCUGAACGAAAAUGUAGAGACUCAUGUGGACUUCAAUAUCAAAAUCGUGGAGUACAAUCCGAGCAGUUAUCUUUCAGCGGGAGACAUGCCAUUACCCGCGCUCUACUGCAUGAUGUCCAUUCUGUUUCUGCUCUCAGGAAUGUUUUGGGUGUUCUUAUUGAAGCAGUCAAAACAUCCGGUGUAUAAAAUCCAUUACAUGAUGGCCGUACUCGUAUUUCUUAAGGCUAUUACCUUGGCUUUCCACGGAGUUAAUUAUCACUAUAUCGAAAGACUUGGUGUACAUCUGGCUACAUGGGCGAUAUUGUUUUAUAUUGCACAUUUAUUGAAAGGUGCGCUGUUAUUCGUCAUACUAGUGUUGGUCGGUACAGGAUGGACUUUUGUGAAACACGUUUUAACACCGAGAGAUAAAAAGCUGUUUAUGGCUGUCAUACCUCUACAGGUUUUAGCCAAUGUUGCUGAUAUUAUACUGGAAGAGAGUGAAGAAAGCGCUCGAGAAUAUGUAGCUUGGAAAAAUUUUGUCAUUUUGGUGGAUUUAUUGUGCUGUGGAUGUAUUUUAUUCCCUGUUGUAUGGUCAAUUCGUCAUUUGCAGGAAGCAUCGCAGACGGACGGCAAAGCUGCGAUAAAUCUUAGAAAGCUAAAACUCUUCCGCCAUUUUUAUGUCAUGAUCGUUUGUUAUAUAUACUCAACAAGAAUAAUCGUCUAUCUGUUGAAAAUAACCGUGCCGUUCCAGUACGGUUGGCUGCAUGAAAUGUUUAAGGAAAUGGCAACCUAUGUGUUCUUCGUUCUCACAGCGUACAAGUUCCGACCAGCUUCUCAGAAUCCGUACUUCGUGUUGAACUAUGACGACGAUGAUGAGAUGGAUCAAGUACUUACCGAAUCGGGUGCCACCGAAGGACUGAAGAAAGUAAACUCCAGGCACGCGAAACCGUCUCUACAUCAAACCUUCGAAGAGAUCAACGAAGAGGAAAAGGACCUCUUACUGAGCCAAAAAGAAAGUAGUCAUGAAUACGAUUAAAACGAUACUUUUGUUGUGAAUAUUUCGCCUAGUUUUCUACUGUGAUACCAACUAAUGCUAAGUUUGUACAUGAUUAGUAACAAUGCCAGCAAGCUGUCGAAAGGUAGUACCGUAUACCUUAUAUUUAGAAGACAUACAACGAUAUUUUUAUGUAUGAGUGUGUACAAAAAGUAAAUCAUUACUAUUUAUAUCACAAAAGCAUUAAUGUCUCCAUUCAUCAUAUAAAACCAAACAUACAAAAAUAAGUGUCAUCAAAGUUAGACCUGUUCCUGAGGAUUAAAGAGUAAAAACUUCAAAAAUAACCAUAUAUGGUAUACGGUACAUGGUAUAAGUUAAAUAUGGUGCAAACUAGAUAAAGGAAUGUUCAACAAAUACAGAAAAAAGUAAGCAUCGUUUCGGCAUCUACGAGUAUACCUCUUCAGACCAUUCGUAACAUUUGAACACUUCACACUUUGUUGGCGGUCCUCUUUUCCACGAAUAUUUGGGCACAAUUUAGAAAUGUCGAAACGAAGCUCUAAUAUAACAAAUACUGACUGUUAACCUCUUUAAUUCAUUUUUGCAACACAUAAAUAAAUUUUUAUAACG